GCGAGCAAGGUACUUCCAAAUUGGCAACGGGCAGAGCAAGCUUCGGAGCUAAGUGUGUGUGUGCGUUGCCAGUAAAGAGCUGCAUAUCGAGUCGAGAGGUGUUAGUGACGCCGACAGCAAGCGUGUAAAGGAGGAAGUCAUGACCAACGGGUGCGUCAAUCAGCAGAUUGGGUCAUGGACGUCGCGGAGUGUGGCAGCGAACACUUCGGACGGUGUGGCCGAAGUCGAGGCGGAGAAAACGCUUCGCGUGGGCGUCAAGGGCAGUGUGUUGUGCGACGUGACGGAGGCGAGGUUGAUACGUAGAAGCCUUUGUUGGCGAAUGGAGCAUUGCAAGUGUGAAGCAGCCUCGGGAACUUCGAAGGUAAUCCUGGCGCAGGUGUCCGAGCCUGGAUCCGGGAAAUCAAAAGUGUGUACGCUAGGAUGCAGACAACUCGUGUACAGCGUCCCAGCGAGCGAUCUGUCCUUCUUGAUCAACUUGCCCGAAUGUGUGAGGGCGCAGGAGGCUUGA